CCUCGUCGGGCCGGGCACGGCGGGCCGGGGCCUUUGUGUGAGGCGGCGGUGGCGAUGGUGCUCGGGCCCCGCGGAGCCGGGUGAACCGUGCUGAUACAGAGGCAACUUCACAGGAGCUGCUAAGAUGGGCAUGAGGAUCAAACUGCAAAGCACCAACCACCCCAACAACCUGCUGAAGGAACUCAACAAGUGCCGGCUCUCGGAGACCAUGUGCGAUGUCACCAUUGUGGUGGGGAGCCGCUCCUUCCCGGCCCACAAAGCCGUGCUGGCCUGUGCAGCUGGCUACUUCCAGAACCUCUUCCUGAACACUGGGCUCGAUGCCGCCAGGACCUACGUGGUGGACUUCAUCACCCCUGCCAACUUUGAGAAGAUUCUGAGCUUUGUCUACACAUCAGAGCUCUUCACAGACCUGAUCAAUGUUGGGGUCAUCUACGAGGUGGCCGAGCGCCUGGGUAUGGAGGAUCUCCUUCGGGCCUGCCACUCCACCUUUCCUGACCUGGAGAGCACGGCCGUGGCCAAGCCCCUGACCGGCGCCAGUGAGAGCCACUCUGGCGCCCAGAGUUGUAGCUCGGCAGAACCUACCUAUCCCCUUGGAGAACUCCGGGCUGGUGGGGAGCACUUCGGUCCUGAUAGGAACUACGUGUUACCUAGUGAUGCUGGAGGAAGCUGUAAAGACGAAGAGAGAAAUGUUACCGGUGACACUAACCAUAGCCUGCCUCUGCCACAGCAGCCACUGCCGCCAAAGACAGAAGACCAUGAUGCUCCUGCUCCUUUCACUUCCGUCCCCAGGAUGGCGACUCCACCAGGCCUAGGCACUGUCAGCAUGGGCAUCCAAACCAGCACCAGCUGCUGCCAGCCAUACAAAGUUCAGAGCAAUGGAGACUUCAGUAAAAACAGUUUCUUCACCACUGACAAUGCAAUUGACAUGACCACUGGGACCAACUCCUGUCUGAGCAAUAGCGACCACUCCAAAGAUCCAGGCUUUGGGCAGAUGGAUGAGCUCCAGCUGGAGGACCUGGGGGAUGGUGACUUGCCGUUUGAAGACCCCACUGAGGAGACAGGCACGGCCGAGGAGGUGAUCGAGUUAAGUGACGACAGUGAGGAUGAGCUGACUUUUGGAGAGAGUGACAGCCGAGAGAAUAAGGCCAUGCCCUGCCAGGUGUGCAAGAAAGUUCUAGAGCCCAACAUUCAGCUGAUCCGACAGCAUGCUCGGGACCACGUGGACCUGCUGACAGGCAACUGCAAGGUCUGUGAGACCCACUUCCAGGACCGAAACUCCCGGGUGACCCACGUCCUGUCCCACAUUGGUAUUUUCCUCUUCUCCUGUGACAUGUGUGAAACUAAAUUCUUUACGCAGUGGCAGCUGACCCUCCACCGACGGGAUGGGAUAUUUGAGAACAACAUUAUUGUCCACCCCAACGAUCCCCUGUCUGGGAAGCUGGGUUUGGUUUCAGGGACAGCCUCCGCGGAGUUGAAAUGCGCUGCCUGUGGGAAGGCACUGGCCAAAGAUUUCCACGUGGUCCGGGGGCACAUCCUGGACCAUCUAAACCUGAAGGGCCAGGCCUGUAGCGUCUGUGACCAGCGCCACCUCAACCUCUGCAGCCUCAUGUGGCACACGCUGUCCCAUCUCGGCGUUUCAGUCUUCUCCUGCUCUGUCUGUGCGAACAGCUUUGUGGACUGGCAUCUCCUAGAGAAGCACAUGGCCGUGCACCAAAGCCUGGAAGACGCCCUCUUCCGCUGCCACUUGUGCAGCCAGAGCUUUAAGUCGGAGGCCGCCUAUCGCUACCACGUCAGCCAGCACAAGUGCAACAGUGGCCUUGAUGCCCGGCCUGGCUUUGGGCUGCAGCACCCAGCUCUCCAGAAGCGGAAGCUGCCCGCGGAGGAGUUCCUGAGUGAGGAGCUGGCUCUGCAGGGCCAAGCUGGGAACAGCAAGUAUAGCUGCAAGGUCUGUGGCAAAAGGUUCGCCCACACAAGCGAGUUCAACUACCACCGGCGGAUCCACACGGGCGAGAAGCCGUACCAGUGUAAGGUGUGCCACAAGUUCUUCCGAGGCCGCUCGACCAUCAAGUGCCACCUGAAGACGCACUCGGGGGCCCUCAUGUACCGCUGCACGGUCUGUGGCCACUACAGCUCCACCCUUAACCUCAUGAGCAAGCACGUCGGCGUGCACAAAGGCAGCCUCCCGCCCGACUUCACCAUCGAACAGACCUUCAUGUACAUUAUCCAUUCCAAAGAGGCAGAAAAGAACCCGGACAGCUGACUGGGUCCCAGCGGAGCUAGGGGGAGCUCCCAGGCGGCAGCCAGGACGUUGAUUUUCUAGUGGCUGUUGGUCCCUCUCCAGCCGGAGUUUCAGUUUGGCCUUGCUCGGAAUUCUGUUCUGUCCUGUGUUUAAAGAAGAAAAGAAGAAGAAAGAGCACACGAGCUGUUACUGUAUUUGAGAAGCGACGGCCCUAUCAUGUUUACCUCCUUACCUGUUCUUGCCCAGGAAGGGCUGUGUUUUUUGAUUCUUUUGAGGCUGGUUUGGGGAUCUGGUCAGGCAGUUGGCGUCAACUAGAUCCCCUCUCCGAGCCUCUCAAGUUUUAGUUUACUGAUAGGUUUUAUGCUGCUAACAAUCCAACCAACGGCCUCACUGAACAGAGGAGGUGGAGAGAGGGCUUUUCACUGUGGGUGUUAGUACCAGAUUUCCAACUGGGACGCCCAGCUGUGAGAGAGAUUUUGGAAAUGUGGUCGUUCGGAAAAGACUAGUCAGCAGGGCAGCUCACCUCAGGUUCCCAGCCCAGCCCUCAGCAGGGAAAAGGCAGAUGGGAUGGAGGUGCCUGCCUGUUGCGACACUCUAAUCUGCUGAUGGGACAGUAAAAUCUUUUGGCAGCUAGAUCCAAACUGGGGACAAAGCUUUCUAUUUAGGUCAGAACGCUUUGGGAUGAAUCCUUGCCAGUCAGAAGAGGUGGCCUGCGGUGCCGCCAGAAGUGGCAGCCGGGAUGGACAGGAAGGGAGGUUUCUCCUUUCUCCUCAAUUCCAAAGAAAUACGGUUUUAUGGAGUUAUAGCCCAGGUUGCUAGGCCUUCCCUGUGGGGUAAAGAGGACAAGGAGCCACUUUGAUACAGUCACCUGUCAUCUGGCGGCCUCCAUCGAGCUUGAGUUUCCUGGUGGAGAGGUGGGGAUGUCUCUGACAGCAGCAGCCUUGCCUUAAUUUACAUCCAGUCUCCCACCUAGAAGUGUGUUUGACCUGUGGUGUAGAUGAGAAGACCCCAUGAGGUGGCAGAGUGAUGGACUGUGAGCCCUUCAGGAUUGAAGGGACCUGGGUAACGUGGUGUGUAGCGGGAUGUGUGCUCUGUCUGUCCCAGUCGGGUAACCCGUUGUUUACUUUGUACACUAACUGGCCGGGAGCCUUGGCAGCUCACCUUUGACCUGCUGGAAUUUAUCCUGAUCUGUCAUUGCAUUGCCACCAGGGGGCGCUAUUGGAGGGCAGCUGGUUUAGGCCCUCCCUGGGUGGCUGUGAUGGAGUCUGCCCAGUCCUUGGGGCUGGUUGGCUCCGUUCUGUGGCUUUUGAGGGGUUUCUGCCCAAAGAAGUCUUGAGGGAGAGGGCCCUCGGAUCUCGCAUAUUCACAAGGUAGCACCUCAGUAACUCAUACUACCUCACCCUGCUCAGGCGAGCUCUGGGAGUCCCUGGCCGAGGCCCUGACACUGCCCUUGGUGGGACUCAGCCGCACCCCGGGCUGUUUCACAAGCAAGUGGUUUUAAUUCACUCACAGAGCCUUUUUGGACAAUAAUAUUUAUUUAUUUUUGCUUUUAUAUACAUAUUAUCCAGCAUCUCUUUUGGAUUAGUGACUUCAGGAAAAU